GGGAGUGGAGGGGGAUGGGGAUCUCUAAGGCCUGUUACUGAUUUGGUGCCUGUUGUUUGUCUGGGAAGGUUUUCUCGAGGAGAGCGCAGAGUUUGCGAAUAGCGGGCAGGAAGGGGCGAGGCUGGGACCAGGUGGGAGCUGGGGUGCCCCGAGUCCACAGGCAGUGAGGAGCUGGGCAGGACAUGAUACAAGUGGCACAUCCGGGCCAUGGGGUCCCAGCAUUCCACCUCUGCUCGCCCCUCUCACUGCAAGCGAAAGAAAGAUGACAGGGAGGAUUUGCUGGCCAAAAGGGAGCAGGAAGAAGCCAUUGCUCAGUUCCCAUAUGUGGAGUUCACAGGUCGAGAUAGCAUCACCUGUCUCACGUGCCAGGGGACAGGCUACAUUCCAACAGAACAAGUAAACGAGUUGGUGGCUUUGAUCCCACACAGUGAUCAGAGAUUGCGCCCUCAGAGAACUAAGCAGUACGUCCUCCUGUCUGUCCUGCUCUGUCUCCUGGCAUCUGGUUUGGUGGUUUUCUUCCUGUUUCCACAUUCAGUCCUUGUCGAUGAUGACGGCAUCAAAGUGGUGAAAGUCACCUUUAAUAAGCAGGACUCCCUUGUAAUCCUCGCCAUCACGGCCACCCUGAAAAUCAGGAAUUCCAAUUUCUACUCUGUGGCAGUAACCAGCCUGUCCAGCCAGGUUCAGUACAUGAACACAGUGGUUGGCACAUACGUGACCACUAACGUCUCCCUCAUUCCACCUCGGAGCGAGCAACUGGUGAAUUUUACUGCGAAGGCUGAGAUGGGAGGACCGUUUUCCUAUGUGUACUUCUUCUGCACAUUACCCGGUAUCGUGGUGCACAACAUAGUGAUCUUCAUGCGAACUUCAGUGAAGAUUUCAUACAUUGGCCACAUGACACAGAGCUCCUUGGAGACACAUCACUAUGUGGACUGUGGAGCAAAUUCCACAGCUGUUUAGAAACUGCUCUUGGUUCUUCCAUGGCAGCACCUGCCAGAAGAGACACAGCACCUGUUCCCAGGGCCUGAGUUUCAUACCAUGUCGCAGGUGGUAGAAAGAGAGGAGAAAUUGGUUCUCUUGAUCGCCAGCAAACACCCUCCUGCCGCUUGGUGGGGAGCGCUCCUCUUGGUAGCGCCAUCUGUGUUUCUCAGAACCAGCAGACUCACUGCCCGGUGCCUACCCUGUGCCCAGCAAAUAGUAGGCACUCGGAAAGUUUGGAGAAUUGAAUCCUGAUCUUUUCGGCUGUUCUUGGGGCAUUACAAAUAGAAAAUCAUACCGUGGUUCUAGGUUAUCAUUGCACAGAGUGACGUGGAGAUUGGACUGUUAGUGCAGCUGCAGGACUGUCCUACUCGUCUGCACAGAAGAGGCAGAGGGUGGGAACAUUUGAAUACAUAAGGAAGCACAGACCCUUUAAUAUGGGAAAUUUUUUCAUCUGUUCACAAAUGCCUAGGAACUUAAAAACAAAAAACCUUUUUUUCCUGUAGAAAGCUCAAUUGUUUUUAGCAAGAGUCUAUGUGAGGCUUGCUUUACCCUUCAUCCAUUGGCUGGAACAUGGAUUGGGGAUUUGGUAGAAAAAUAAACCCUGCUUUUUUGAUUCA